GUAUCUAUGAAUGCGUGUUUCUAAGAAAACUAUAUGAUUUUUUAAAUGGAAAAUUUCAAAGAAGAAUCCAUUUUGAAACGUAUUUUCUAUUCGAUUAAAAAUUCGAGGAUGCAGUUGGUGUACAUUCUUUUGAUAUUCGUUACCAAUGUUCUGGGUUUUUCAAAACAAAUCGCCGUAGGCUUUUUCGAUGAUGACGAAAUGAUUAGACUUGCCUUCGAAUCAUCGAUAAAAUCGAUCAAUCAUGAAUAUUGGGAUAUUCAUUUGAUAUCAAAUAUCGAAGAAAUAAAUCAAGAUGCAUUCGAUGUUAAUGGUAAAGUAUGUACGAUGAUUAGUACGGGUGUGGCUGCGAUAUUUGGUCCACAAGAUAAAUUCAUAGCUGAACAUGUGCAGAGCAUAUGUGAUACGAUAGAAAUGCCACAUAUCGCAGUUAGAUGGGAUCCUCAAGAAAUGCGUGGGAAAACUGUGAAUCUUUAUCCACACGCAAAUACAUUGUCCUUGGCAUAUCAAACAUUGAUACGUGAAUUAGAUUGGCAAGAGAUGAUAAUAUUGUUCGAAAAUACUGAAAGCUUGUUAAGAAUAAAACCAUUGUUAGAACUUCGUAAUACAGGAAUUGAUAUAUUUUUGUAUCAUUUAGGAAGUGGUCCGAAUUAUAGGAAUGUAAUGCAAGAGAUCAAGGAAACCGAAAUGGAGAACAUCGUGAUCGAUUGUUCAAUUCAGAUAUUAGAGGAGGUCUUAAAACAGGCUCAACAAGUUGGUAUAAUGUCGGAUCAAUAUCAAGUGAUAGUUACUUCAUUGGAUUUACAAACGCUCGAUUUAGAACCCUAUAGUUAUUCCGGCGUGAACUUCACUGGUUUUCGUUUAAUCAAUCCAGAAGAUCCAACAAUGACAGAGAUAUUUGAGAAACACAAAGAUGAUUGGAAUUUAUCCAGACCAGAAGAGCUUCGACUCGAGCCAGCUUUAAUGUACGAUGCCGUUCAACUUUUUGCACAAACUUUGAAGCAAUUAAUUGGUACUACAAAUUGGAACGUAAAAGAGCUACCUUGCAAUGGUUCAAUGAGCUGGGAACAUGGAAGCACUUUUUUGAAUUUUAUGCGUGUGACUGAAAUGAGAGGAUUAACUGGAUUAAUAUGGUUCGAUACUACCGGAUUUCGAAGUAACUUUCAAUUGGAUAUUGUACAACUGCAACGAAAAGGAUUAACAACAAUUGGAGUUUGGAAUAGUACACGUGUAAAUGGAAUUGAAUGGACGCCAGACAUAAGUUCAACGAAAACUGAAGCUGAAUUGAGUUUACAGAAUAGAACAUUUUUAGUACUUAUAUCUAUGACAAAACCAUAUGGAAUGGUAAAGGAAUCUGCUGCAAUGUUAUCUGGCAAUGAACGAUACGAAGGAUUUGGAAUCGACAUUAUUCAAGAACUUAGUAAAUCAUUAGGCUUUAAUUAUACAUUUGAAGUUCAAACAGAUAGCGUUUAUGGUUCAUAUAUCAACAAAACAGGGAAAUGGUCAGGAAUGAUAGGGAAAAUAAUAGCGGGGCGUGCGGAUUUGGCGAUUACCGAUCUAACGAUAACUUCUGAUCGUGAAAGUGCCGUUGAUUUUACAAUGCCAUUCAUGAACUUAGGUAUAAGUAUAUUAUUUAAAAAGCCAACGAAAGCAACGCCCAGUCUCUUCUCGUUUCUCUCGCCAUUUUCUAACGACGUUUGGUUAUGCUUGUUGGCGUCGUAUAUCUUCGUGUCAGUGCUAUUCUCCGUGAUCGGUAGAUUGUGUCCAGCGGAAUGGAACAAUCCUUAUCCUUGCAUCGAAGAACCCGAGGAGUUGGAGAACCAGUUCACGUUGAAGAAUUCCUUUUGGUUUACCAUUGGAAGCAUAAUGCAACAAGGUUCCGAUCUAGCACCUAUAGGAUUUUCAACAAGAAUGAUGGCAGGAUGCUGGUGGUUUUUUUGUUUGAUCAUAGUCUCUUCUUACACGGCAAAUUUAGCUGCUUGCUUGGCUAUAGCUGUUAACAUACCAUCAUUUACCAACGUCGAGGAACUGGCGAAACAGAAGGUGAUAAAAUAUGGUGCAAAGAGCGGCGGAUCGACCUUCGAAUUUUUCAAAAAUUAUGCCAAUUCCAAGGAGGCCUCCUACCAGACGUACAAGGAUAUGUACAACUACAUGAUGAGUAACGACGACGUAUUGACCAAGGACAACGAAGAGGGAUUAUUAAAGGUCCUGCACGAGAAUUAUGCCUUUUUAAUGGAGUCCAGUUCGAUCGAGUACAUCAUUCAAAGGGAGUGUAACGUUACGAAAGUUGGUGGUUUAUUGGAUCAAAAGGGUUAUGGGAUUGCCAUGAGAAAGGAUUCAUCUUAUCGUCAUCAAUUAAAUACGGCAAUAUUAAAAUUACAAGAGAGUGGUAGAAUAACCGAAUUAAAAAAGAAAUGGUGGACCCAAAAGCGUGGCGGUGGAAAGUGCGAAGAAGGCGCACCACCAAGUUCGGCGGAAGAAUUAAAUUUGAAUCACGUGGGUGGUGUAUUCUUAGUUCUUUUCGUUGGUAUUGGAUUUUCUUUUGUCUUCACGUUAUUCGAGCUCAUUUGGGAAGUUGCUGUUAAAUCGAUAAAAGAAAAUCUUUCUUUCAAGGAAGAAAUGCUGGAGGAGAUAAAGUUCGUGGUGAAAUGUACCAGUGAAACUAAAUCAGUUAGAGAGAGGAAAAAUUCAUCGCACAGAAGCGGAGAAGAUAGUACGGAGGAUUGCAGUCCUCCUUAUGGAUUUGUACCAACUGUAAUUACAACCUCACCCGACGAUGACAAUUGUGAUGUUUUAAAAUUAAUGAGGAUUAAUUAUCGGACUCUUAUAUGUGGUAUCGUUAAAAAGAGAAUGAUAAAAAAAAUGCUUCUGACAUAUGUCGUCCUGUUUUUAUUACCUUCCAUUCAUGGAUUCCCAAGAAACGUCCCAAUUGGGGUUCUACUUGAUGGCAAUGAAAUGAUCGAGAAAGCAUUUGAAUUUUCGAUACAAAAUGUUAAUACAAAUGCUCAAAUAUCUAGGGACGUUAAAAGCUUAACAUUAAAAUUGGAAAGGAUCGAUGUUGAUACAUUCGAAGCAGCACAGAAAACGUGUGAACUUUUAGAAAGUGGUGUAGCCGGUUUAUUCGGGCCGCGAGACAAAUCUGCAUCGUAUUUCGUUCAAAGUAUGUGCGAUGCUAUGGAUUUGCCAUAUAUUACCACCAGAUGGGAUCCUGAACAAAUUCGAGGAAAUGCAAUUAAUUUAUAUCCUCAUCCGGAAAUACUCUCGACGGUUUAUUAUAAUAUAAUCAAGGAUUUCAAAUGGAAGGAAUAUGCAAUUUUGUAUGACGAUACGGAGAGCUUGUUACGUUUUCAACGUGUAUUGGAGCUUCAAGAGAUAAAUGGUUACGAGAUAACGAUUUAUCAUUUGGGCCAUGGUCCAGAUUAUAGGGACAUCUUACAAACAGUAAAAAUGUCCGAUGUGAUCAAUAUUGUGAUAGAUUGUUCUUAUGAAAUUCUACCUACGGUUCUUCGACACGCACAACAAGUAGGUUUAAUGUUGCAAAAGUAUAACAUACUCGUAACAAAUCUGGACUUUCAAACGUUGGAUCUGGAACCAUAUAAAUAUUCCGGUGUAAACGUGACGGGUGUUAGAAUGAUAAAUCCAAACGAUCCUUAUCUCUUGGAGAUCUUCGAGACCUUUUAUCUCGAUUGGAACUUAACAGAACCCUCGAAAUUAACGAUUGAAGCUGCAUUGACGUUCGACGCUGUGCAACUUUUUGCAAGAGGCAUGGCACUUUUGGAUGAUAGCGUAACAGGCCAUUUAAAACAAUUGACUUGUAACGAAUCUGAUAGCUGGGAGUUUGGCAAUAGUUUGAGCAAUUUUAUUCGAGCCGAAAGUAUACAUGGUUUAAGUGGACCAGUGAGAUUCGAUACAGCUGGAUAUCGUAGUGAUUUUCGAUUAGAGAUCGUCAGUCUUAAUAUAAAAGGAUUGAAUAAAGUUGGCGAUUGGCGUAGCUCGAAUGGUAUUUCAUGGAUAACAAAAUCAGGUUUUCCAAUCAAUGAGAUAAAAUCAUUGCACGAUAAACAUUUCAUCGUAUUGAUAUCUUUGACCAAUCCAUAUGGAAUGUUUAAAGAAUCACCUGACUUGAGAACAGGUAACGAUCGUUAUGAAGGUUUUGCAAUCGACAUAAUCGAUGAAAUGAGCAAAAUAUUAGGAUUUAAUUAUACCUUCGAGGUACAAGAGGAUAAUGUUUAUGGUUCAUUGCAAAAAGCAACAGGAGAAUGGAAUGGGAUGAUUAAAAAAAUUAGAGACGGUAGAGCAGAUUUAGCGAUUACCGAUUUAACGAUUACUUCCGAAAGAGAAAGUGCAGUUGAUUUCACGACACCCUUUAUGAAUUUAGGUAUAAGUGUAUUGUAUAGAGAACCAACGCAAGCACCACCAAGUUGGAGUUCAUUUCUUUUACCAUUCUCUUAUGAAGUCUGGGGUUAUCUUAUUGGUUCUUGGGUAAUCGUGAGUUUGGUAUUGUUUAUUAAUGGGAGAAUAAGUGCAGUCGAAUGGACUAAUCGAUAUCCCUGUAUAACCGAACCAGAAGAAUUAGAAACUCCUUAUACUAUGAUAGACACUCCUUUUUUCAUAAUUGCCAGUUUGGUGAAUGGUGCAUCAGAUUUUGCUCCGGGGAGUAUUUCAACGAGAACGUUAGGUACAGCAUGGUGGUGCUUUUGUCUGAUCAUGAAUUCCACUUACACCGCCAAUCUAGCGGCUGCUUUAUCCACCAAGCCUACGGUAUGGCCCUUUAAGCAAGCAGACGAGUUGCCCUAUCAGAACACGAUCAAAUACGGGGCGAAGAGGGACGGUUCUACCAUCUCGUUUUUCAAGACGGCAACGUACGAGCCUUACAAACUCAUGUAUGAUUACAUGAUGGAACAUGCGAACGAAGUAUUGACGAAUAACAACGAAGAUGGUCUGAAAAAAGUGCAACAAGAGGAUUAUGCUUUCUUCAUGGAAUCCUCAUCGAUAGAAUACUUCACACAGAGGAAUUGCAACGUCACACAAGUUGGAGCCCUUUUAGAUGCCAAGGGUUAUGGUAUAGCCAUGAGAAAAGAUAUAUAUUAUCGGAACCAGCUAAGCGGUGCGAUACUGAAGCUGAAGGAGUCUGGUAUGAUAACCGAACUCCAAGAUAAAUGGUGGAGGCAAAAAAGGGGAGGGGAUAAGUGCAGCGAAAAACCGACUGUGGCGGCCGAGUCAUUGAAUUUCGAGGACGUUGGUGGUGUAUUUAUGGUACUCACAAUUGGUCUCAGUUUAUCCUGGUUAGGUACAAUAUGGUCAUUAUUAUGGCAUAUACGAAAUAUUUCCGUUACCGAAAAUGUUUCUUUCAAGGACGAGCUAAUAGAUGAAUUGAAGUUUUUAGUAAGGUGUAGCGGUACGAAAAUAGUUAAAAGAAGAAAGAAAUCAUCGAUCUCAACGGAGAUAGAUACGAAAAAGUUAAGUCCUUAAAUUUGAUCGAGAAAGAAGAGGGGAGGGAGAGAGGUGGGAGAGGGCGGUGGAGAAGAGGGGAGGGACUAAUAAACACCUAUUAUUAGAGAGGAACCUUCUAGAUUUCAGACCACCCAUGUGAAUGAAGGUUAUUUAUGAUAUAAUAGAUAAUUUUUUUGGUAGAUGAAAGAAAAUCACUUUUGGUUAUAACGAAUGAUUCUGAUGAGACGAUGGGUAUUAUUAUUUUAA